AUGUUGUAUGCGAGAGAGAGAGAGAGAGAGAGUGUUCAACUCUCUCCAUCCAUCAGACAUCUCUUUGUUUUCUUCGUCUUCUCUUCUUGAGCUUUGAGAUCUAUCACACAAAAGAUGGCCACCGAUGAGCCUUCUCAAACUCGCUGGAGCUUUCUGGAGUUUAAAACGUUUUAUGAUGCCAAGUUUGGGAGGAAGAAGCUGCCUGAAGAAGACGAAUCCAACAAGGACCAACCAGAAGAUGGAUCAUCCAACGGUGAUGUCAACACCAACUCUUCCCAAGUCACCAAUCAGGAUGGUAACACAGGCUUGGCCAAUGGCAAUGUGAUUCGCGAGAAGCCGAAAAAGUCCAUGUUUCCCCCAUUUGAAUCUGCGGAAACUCGUACUCUCGCUGAGAGUUUGAGUAGAGAUAUCAUCCGUGGGAAUCCAAAUAUCAAGUGGGAAAGCAUCAAAGGGUUGGAGAACGCAAAAAAGUUGCUCAAAGAAGCUGUGGUGAUGCCUAUAAAAUACCCCACGUACUUCAAUGGUCUACUAACUCCAUGGAAAGGAAUUCUUCUUUUUGGUCCUCCUGGUACCGGAAAGACUAUGCUUGCAAAGGCUGUUGCUACAGAGUGCAAUACAACAUUCUUCAAUAUCUCAGCCUCAUCUGUUGUUAGCAAAUGGAGAGGUGAUUCUGAGAAGUUGAUAAGAGUUCUGUUCGAUCUAGCUAGGCAUCAUGCACCUUCGACAAUAUUUCUUGAUGAAAUCGACGCGAUCAUAAGCCAACGUGGUGGUGAAGGCCGCAGUGAACAUGAAGCUAGCAGGCGUCUAAAAACCGAGCUGCUCAUUCAGAUGGAUGGAUUACAGAAAACAAAUGAGCUCGUAUUUGUUUUAGCAGCAACAAAUCUCCCCUGGGAACUAGAUGCAGCUAUGCUCCGGCGUUUAGAGAAACGAAUUCUUGUACCUUUACCGGACCCAGAAGCAAGAAGAGGAAUGUUCGAGAUGCUCUUGCCGUCACAACCAGGCGAUGAGCCAUUGCCUCAUGAUGUGCUGGUUGAGAAAUCUGAGGGCUACUCUGGUUCAGACAUUAGAAUACUUUGUAAGGAAGCUGCGAUGCAACCACUGAGACGCACGUUGGCUAUUUUGGAAGACAGAGAAGAUGUUGUGCCUGAAGAUGAGCUGCCAAAAAUUGGACCCAUCCUACCAGAAGACAUUGAUCGAGCUCUGAGUAACACUCGACCAUCGGCUCAUCUGCACGCCCAUCUUUACGACAAGUUCAAUGAUGAUUAUGGUAGCCAAAUUCUUAAGUAAAAUUGAUGCUAUAUAAUACAUCUAUGUCAUCUAGAACUUGAUCAUUAUUUGUAUGGAAGCAUUCACAUUACGGAUGCUCAGAGAACUUUUCUGUCUUAAAUUAUGAAUAAAUGCUCCUACUUGCUUGGGACUCAGUUUCAGGGUAUUA